CAAACCAAUUUAGAUACAGACAGACAGUCAUCACAAGCACUUUUCAGACUCCAAUAGAAACAAACAGUUGAAACUAUUGAACAGUUAUUUGUGAUAUAUUUGUGUCCAAUAUCUCCAAGUGUUUAGUUUUUUUUGUUUGUUAAUAACAAUACGAUGGCCGACGACGAGGACAGUCCCGAAGGUAAAAAAAUUGGCGAAAAGUUUAUUGUAUUGAAAUACAUCGCCAAAGGAUCGUUCGGUCGCUUACAUGUCGGCAAAAACAUCCAAACGGGCGAAAAGGUUGCCAUCAAGUUUGAGAAGACAUCGGUAGAAAAGCCACAACUAGUUCUCGAGUUUCCAUUCUUCAAGAAAUUAAAGGCCGAUAGGUCUCCGCAAAAAGGUAUUCCUCGACUCUAUUACUUUGGUCCGUGCGGUGACAACUGGAGCGCACUGGUUAUGGAUCUGUUGGGUCCGAGUCUGGAGGAUGUGAAGGAAACAGUCGGCGGUAAGUAUAGCCUAAGAACAACGUUACUAUUGGCCAUACAGUUGAUCGAUAUAUUCGAGUACUUUCACGGCGUUGGACUCAUCUAUAGGGACACCAAACCCGAGAAUUUCUUGUACGGCCCGUCGGGAAGUGACAAAUACAAUGUCGUCCAUAUUAUCGACUUUGGUCUCUGCAAACAAUACAUUGAUGAUAACGGAAAGCACAUCCCUUUUCGUGACAGAAAAGGUAUUAUAGGAACAGCUCGUUAUAUGAGUAUUAAUAACCACAAGGGAUACGAACAAAGCCGAAGGGACGACAUGGAAGCAAUCGGCUAUAUGUUAGUCUACUUCUUGAAGGGAGAGCUUCCGUGGAUGGGCAUCAAAAUUAAGGAAAUAAAGGAACGAUACAAUCAAAUCUUAAAAGUCAAACAGCGAACCACCACUGAAUCCCUGUGCGCUGACAUUCCCGUAGAGUUUUGCAACUAUUUAAAGGACAUUAAGUCUCUUGAGUUUGCAGACGAACCCAAAUAUAGGGAAUACAGCGCUUGGUUUAAGCGAUUGUUAAGAAAGAAGUCAAACAACAAAAGCAAAGAUGGAGAAGACAUCUAUGAUUUCAACCGAACUCAUCAAAAGCGCUGACCAUUUGAUCAUCACUUCCCAGUCAUUCAUCAAUCAAUACAUCAAACAUAUUGUAGUUAUACUGUAUAGUAUUGACCAAUCAUUUAUAUCA